AUGGACCUAGCGGAAGAAACGUUUCCUCUAGGUACUGUGAGGUCGGGUGAGAGUCGUUCCUCCUCGGCUCGUGCCUUCUUGUUGCUGCUUCGCCCUGUUGCUGUGACUUGUGCCUUCUGCUGUGGCCAUUGCUGGCUUCGCUUUCCUCCUUCCUGCUUCUGCCGUGACCCCUCCUUCUUUGCUGUUGCCGCUUCAGUCGCGGACUGUGCUUUGUCGCGGCUCGUGUCCUUGUUGCAGCUACCGACACUGAUUGUGCCUCUUUACCAUCAUUUGGGCCUUUGUUCCUGCCGCGGCCCGUGUUUUCCUCCGCUGCCGCCGUUGCGGUUCGCGCUUUUGCCGCGGUCGUGCCUUUCAUUGCCGCCGCUGUGUGCUGCACUCCUGCUGCUGCUGGGCCUUCGGGCCUGGGAGCGCUCCUUGUUGGCUGAGGCGCGGUGGGCGUCGAUCAUGGCAUGGUGGAACUGGGUCGUGGUUUCUGGAUGUGCCCGUGCUACUGGAUUUUCUGGCGCCUCCGUCUAUGGUGAUGAGGCUGUCGAUGUGCUGAACCGUUGCCUGGCCGCGACAAUGGACUGGAUGGGAGCUAACAAACUGAGGCUCAAUCCUGACAAGACUGAGAUGCUGUUGGUGGAUGGUUUCUCUGAUCGGAUGAUGGAUAUAUACCCUAUCCUGGAUGGGGUUACACUCCCCCUAAAGGAGCAGGGAUGUCUCUGAAGCUGGCGAGGUUUUGGAAGAGACCACCUGUGAAAGCAACAAAGAGGACUGCAAGGCUUAAAGAAGCCAGCUUUUAUUUCUAAAUGAAAUGUUUUUUUGUAUUCA